AUGACCUACAACCCACCUUGGCAUCAAGGCGUCAACAACCAACACAUCCAACGUCUUUCCACUUUGUUGGCUUCUGGCAUCCAUGGACAGCACUUCAUCGAGCUAGAUUCACUUCAUUCAUUCCUUCUUGUCUGCCUCCAACAAACAACACCUCACACACAACCCACGGCUUGCCAUCUUGCCUCAUCCGACAACACUUCAUGA